AGUAGAACCUGGCAGUACUCAGAGUCAGAGAGAGGAGACUGAACAGCAGACAGUACAGUACAACACUUAGAGCAAAAGUUUAAUUGUUUUGAGAGAUAGAGUACCUUUGCAGAGAGGCAAAAUAAUUUAAUUCAGCACUGCCUUUGGACUGUGCAGUCAGCGAGCUACUCCACCACAAACAAUCCCUGCUUUAUAAAUAUUGCAAGCAGGAGGCAUCAGCAGGAAAACUGUCCACUAGAGAUGACUUCAUCCAGGAAUAAACUGCAGGAGGUCUACAACCAGAAGGGCUUCCUCUCCGCGCUGCCUGUGCUGAAUGAGACUCAGCUGAGGGAGGCCAAGCGCGCCUUUUCUGAGCUGGAGGAGGAAUUUGGUGAAGAGUACACUCAGUACAGCCUCCACAAUGUUCACCUUCAGUAUCCCUGGGUGAGGGACCUGACCCAACACCCUCAAAUCAUACAAGUGGUCAAAGCCAUCCUGGGCCCUGACGUCAUCCUGCUGGACUCCCGCUUCAUCUGCAAAUACCCGACACUCAAACCUGACACCCAGGAGAAUGAAGGAGGAGGAAACGAUGAACUUCCAUAUGUGGCCUGGCAUCAGGACAUGAGGUAUUGGGGUAUUGCUGGCGGCCCGGUCCUCUCUGUGUGGCUGGCUUUAGAUGACUCACUGCAGGAGAACGGCGCCCUCCAGCUCAUCCCAGGUACCUCAGCUGUUAUUUACUAA